UAGAAAAGGAAAACAACUGAAAAACAUUAUGGGCAAAAACAAACUUGGUUGGCAUACAUAUACUUGUAAUACUUUUGAGACCUUCAUCUAUCUUGUUUGGUUUGAUAGGUUAUUUAUUGUUAUUGUUGUUGUUCACCUUUUACUUUUAUGUCGCGGGUUUAAUUCUCCAUCCAGAUGGAAGAUGGUUCUGAAAACAGUGUGCAACUGCUUGAGGACGAGGAUACUGACCAUGAGAUUGAUGGUGGGCAACUGUUUGGAAUUGAAAGCAAUGACCUUGACAACGACAGUGAGCAAGUGCUCGGGAUUGAAGGUCACCUUGAAAAUGGUCAGCAAGUGUUUGUGAUUGAAGGCAAUGACCUUGAGAACAACAGUGAGCAAGUGCUUGAGUUUGAAAGCAAUGACCACGAGAACAACGAUGAGCAAAUGCUGGAGAUUGAUAGCAAUGACCAUGAGAUUGACAGAGAUAUUGAGACAACCAGAAUUGACGAUCAAAACGGUGUAUCCCAGGGAAAUGGCUAUCCCCCACCACUUGUAGGGAUGGAAUUUGAGUCAUAUGAUGAUGCUUAUAAUUACUAUAAUUGCUAUGCCAAGGAUCUGGGUUUUGCCAUCAGGGUCAAAUCAUCAUGGACAAAACGAAACAGCAAAGAGAAGCGUGGUGCAGUGCUUUGUUGUAAUUGUGAGGGUUUCAAAACAAUGAAAGAAGCAAGCAGUCGAAGGAAAGAAACAAGAACAGGUUGUCUAGCGAUGGUAAGGUUGAGACUAGUGGAGUCCAACAGAUGGAGGGUGGAUGAAGUUAAGCUUGACCACAACCAUUCAUUUGAUCCUGAGAGGGCACAAAACUCCAAGUCACACAAGAAGAUGGAUGCUGGAGCCAAAAGUAAGUCAGGGCCAACAGUCGAUGUAGAAGUACAAACUAUAAAGUUGUAUCGAAUGCCUGCUGUAGAUGCAGUGGGCUCUGGUAGCUCAAAUGAAACAGAAACCAGUAACCAUAUUGACCAGUCCAAGUGCUUCGAACUUAAAAAAGGUGAUGCACAGGUCAUUUACAAUUAUUUUUGUCGGGUGCAGCUAUUGAAUCCCAACUUUUUCUAUGUGAUGGAUCUCAAUGAUGAAGGUUAUUUGAGGAAUGUGUUUUGGAUUGAUUCUAGGUCUAGGGCUGCAUAUGUUUAUUUUGGUGAUGUGGUUGCAGUUGAUAGAACAUGCUUGUCAAACAAGUAUGAGAUUCCGCUUUUGGCAUUUGUUGGAGUAAAUCACCAUGGGCAGUCUGUUUUGCUGGGUUGCGCUUUGCUUGGAGAUGAAACCAUGGAGACAUAUAUCUGGUUAUUGAGAGCAUGGCUUACAUGUAUGUUGGGACGUCCACCACAAACUAUUAUCACGGACCGGUGCAAGGCCUUGCAAAGUGCGAUUGCAGAGGUUUUUCCUAGGGCUAACCAUCGGCUGUGUCUAUCCCUUGUCAUGCAAAGCAUUCUUGAAAAAUUAGGAGAACUGUGGCAAUAUGAGGUAUUUCAAACAGUACUGAAUAGAACAGUCUUCACCCCAGUAAAAGUGGACGAAUUUGAAAUGGCGUGGGAAGAUAUGAUACAUCAUUUUGGAAUUAGGGAUCAUGAGUGGCUUCGAACUUUGUACGAGGACCGUGAACGAUGGGCUCCAGUUUAUUUGAAAGAUACUUUUUUUGCUGGAAUGCUACUCACUUUGCAAUCAGGUGAGUCCAUAAACCCUUUUUUUGAUGGGUAUGUCCAUAAACAAACUUCUUUGAAAGAAUUUUUUGAAAAGUAUGAACUAGUUCUACAAAAGAAACAUCAAAAGGAAGCACUUGAUGAUUUUGAAUCAAGAGAAUCAAGCCCCAUCUUGAAAACAAGCUGCAAUUAUGAGUUACAGAUAUCUGAGGUGUAUACAAAAGAACUGUUCUUGAAGUUCCAAGAUGAGGUUGAGAUGAUGUCUAUAUGUUACAGUGUGACACAAAUUCAUGCGACUGGGCCAAUCAUCACAUACAUGGUCAAAGAAGGAGAUGCCGAGGGAGAUAUGAGGGAUGCUAGGAACUUUGAAGUUAUGUACGACAAAGUUGGAGUAGAAGUUCGCUGCAUUUGUAGUUGCUUCAACUUCAAAGGGUAUUUAUGUCGGCAUGCAUUGUGUGUUCUAAAUUACAAUGGCAUAGAGGAAAUUCCCAGUCAGUACAUUCUCUCGCGGUGGAGAAAGGAUUUCAAGCGCCUGUACAUUCCAGAUCUUGGCUCCAGCAAUAUCGAUGUUACGAACCCUGUUCAAUGGUUUGAUCACUUGUAUAGACGUGCCUUGCAAGUUGUUGAGGAAGGGAUGGCAUCUCAAGAUCAUUACAUGGUUGCUUGGCAAGCAUUUAAGGAGUCCUUGAACAGGGUUCGUCUUGCCGCAGACAAACAUGUGUAAUCAAUGAAAUGAAAGAAGGACGACUCGGUGCACGUGACUUCUGUCACUGCGGAUCUCACAGAGCUAGAUGUAAACAGUCUCACCGUGCACGGGAGAGAUAAUUUUUAUGGCCCGAAUACUUGACGCCCAGGUUAUCAAUAAGCCAAGGCCCACUCUCCAUGUAUAACCAAUGAAAGCAAAUGUAAUAUUCUCUAUAUAGAAUUGAUUGUUCUUUCUCACACAGUUUCAUGUACCAAGCUUUCCGAUUUGUUUUGUACAGUAGCGAACUACCUUUGGGUGUACUGUGUACAAAAAGAAGUUCUAUCAAAGCUGCUCUCUGGUAUGAAUUAUGAAAGAACUGAAUAAUUGGGCUUGUUCUGAUUCAGAAUGUAACGACAAUGAUUGAUAGUGGUUCAGUUCAAUAAGAAAG